GUUGAAUCAGACGUAAUCAAGUAGUCGACAUGGACACACGUUUGCUGAUUGCACUGUUGCUGCUGGCGGUUUGCAGGGGAGAGGAUCAGGAUCGGGAUCAGGAUCGGGAACAGGAUCGGGAUCAGGAUCAGGAUCUGAGGAAGCGAUUGAAGCCCGGGCGAUAUAUUCCUGAUCUGCAUGGAGCUACGGGUUGGUAUAUACCGGAUAAUAAAGGAAAGUACCGACACGAUCCCAGGCCUUAUGACGGCGGCUACGGGGAUCGCGGUGAGCCGUAUUACUCCGAUCUUCGUGGCCUUUUUACCAAUGCCCAGAAGCAAUUGGAACAUGGCCUAUCGCUUGGCCCACGGGAUCAUCUGCGCUUCAUGAUCGACUUCAACUUCAAUGGCACCGGCUGGCAGAUAAUCCAGUUCCAGUGGGUCCGGGAUGGCGAUGAAUCCGAUCCUGAUGCCAAGCAGUAUAGCUAUUUGAAUGAGAAUAAAUUGUGGGACUCGGACCAGGCCUAUGAGUACCAGCAGCCCGACGAUGGUUGUCAGAUGAACUGUCAGCCGGAUGCUGCAGAGUAUCAGGAUCCACAGCAGCCUGUCCAGAGCCCAAUCGGAGAUCAGGAGCAGACAAGAUCGAACAUCAAUUCAGAGCAGGAUCCUGUCAAGAUUCAUGACACCAUCAAUGAGGUCCUGGAGUACAUCCAACAACGAAUCCUACCAAACUUGCAAUGAAUCUGUUACAUACCUUCGGGAAUAAAAAACAAACUGUAACGAUUUAAUAAAUCAUGAAAAAUAA